AUGAGUAACAGGUACCCCUUUCAAAAGAACCAAUCACAUGCGAAUACAAAAUUGAACAAGAACAACAGAUCCAACAACUCCUUCACGCCCAAUCGAACCGUCGUCAAUGUCAAUGCUUCUCCCUCGGCGUCGACUUCAAUCAACACUAGUGUCAAUUCGAUAUCAACGCGGCACAACCCGGGUUUCCAAGUGUCAGACGCCGACGAUGUGAUUUGCUGGAUAGACAGUUUGAAAAGCAGAUACGAAAAAUUGAAAGCUAGUCAAGAACAAGAACUGAAUUUGCUCAAGAAACAACAUGAAGAACAACGACAAGCUCGUCUAUUGAAAGAGAAAUAUAGGCAAAAGCACUACGACCAAGAGUUUGUAAAGUUGGAGCAGUAUUUGGAAAGACAAAGUGGGAAAGAUGCAACGGGCAGCUCUGGACCGGGGACGGCUUCAGAAAUACAAGCAAAGUAUGACAUUGAAGAAGAAUACGAGAAUGAUGAUGAUGAUGACGGGGAAGGAGUUUCCGCUAACAGUCUGCCUCUCCAAGAAACUUCAGGUAUGAGCGAAGAAGAGGAAGAAGGAAUAGAAGAAGAUGAUGAAGAAGUAGAAGAAGCAGAGGAAGAAGAGUCCCACGCGCAGGGUUUUAUCGACAACGAAGCGGAGGUCAUCGAGCUUGACACAGAGGAAAGCGACGCAUGCGAGGAAAUAGAGAAACUUGAAAGCAAAGGAGACCAGUACGAAAGCGACGAGGACCAACUUGAAAUCGACAAGAACCACACCGACAUGGAGGAAAAAGGAGAACGACAAUAUGGCGAAGAAGAAGAAGAAGUAGAAGUAGAAGAAGAAGAAGAAGAAGAAGAAGAAGUAGAAGAAGAAGAAGAAGAAGAAGAAGAAGAAGAAGAAUAUCCCGGUUACGGAAUAUCCAACCAGGUCGAAGUCCUGGAGACCAUUCUAGAUUAUGGCAAUCGCGGCUACCACAUCCAAGCAAGCAACACUAUACAGGGGCCAAUCACUGACUACGGGGAAAACAACUACUAUGAUCGCGGUAACCCUCUUCACAGCAGCAUCAUCGAUCAAGACGGAAUGGUCUCCAUUUUCUCGGGGGACGAAGACAUUGACGAUGAGCAGAUUGUUGGUACAUAUACUUCGAUGCAGCAGCAGCAGCUGCAGCGCCGGUUCCAGUUGACGGAUACUCUCCGUUACAACACGUAUUCCGGCUUUGAAGAGGAAGACGAUGAUGAACAUGACGACGAUAAUGAUGAUGAAGACGAGCUGCAGGAUGAAAUUGUCGAGACAUCAUACAACUCGAGGCGAGGAGAGCCUCCGUCAAUUCAGACUACUCCUGCAAAGGCAAAUGAUAUCACUCACUUGGCCCAUCGGAGACAAGAUAUGCAUUUUGAACCACUCCUCGCCGCUGACGAGCACGACCUAGAGUCACAAAAGCAGCAACGCUUUGUAGAAAGAGACCAACUGGUACAUCAGCUGAGUGCAGGUUCAGGUCCAGGUUCAGGUCCAGGCCCAGGUCCAGCUCUAGCUCAAGACAGAAUUAUUGGCGAGUAUGGACCAGAAGAUUUUGAGACGGAGCAGGCAUUAAGCAACCCCCACCCUCACGAAGAGCGCCACGAAGAGCACAAAGAUUUCAUACGUCAUGAAAAAAAUGAUGCCAAGAGCGUCAAAGACGAUGAUUUGUUGCUGCACGAGUCCGAGCAAAAAAAUCCCGAGGAGUACGUGUCAGACCUGAGCACCGUGAGCUCAAGCGAAGACAACCGUCCGGAAUUGACUGACUCGCCAAGCAGCGGCCCGUUGAGAUACGUUGACUCUCAAGCUGAGAAUUACGCUGAUCUGGAGAAGGAAGAUGACGAUGUUGACCGCAAACCGUUUCUUUUAACCCUUGCUGCGAGCACUUUGAGAGCCCUGAAGAACUUCAAAGGGCAACACACGCAGUCUGGUUACAUGGCCGACUCGGAGUUUACCGACACAAAUGCAAAGCCGAUGCAGAAUGAGAUCAAUAACUCCGAUUCGGUUCUCAAAGAUACCAACUUCAGAACCGAUGAUAAUUUUGUACCGGUUCCAGAACCAUUUUAUGCUCACGAGUUGAGCGAUAAAAGGUUGAAAGUUAACGAUUCAGACGACAUUCGGUCGGAUGCUUCUUUAGCCGAUGAGAGUCAAUUCGAGUCGGCAAAAAGCGACUACCACUAUGGCGGCCCCACCAGCAAGGCCCAGUAUCGACGAAACGAAAUACUGCAUCACGUGGGGAAAGGAAACAAUACCGAGUACAAAUCGGAGAAAGUGGCCACACCUGUACCGCUAUUCAGGUCCAUCAGUGAAGAAGAACCCAUGGUGACAUUGCAAAAGCUCAAGGCGGCCGAAAGGAAAUACAAUGUGAAGAUAGAAGCCGUCGACGAAUUGGAGAAAGCAUUGGGGUUACCAGCGGAUAUUCCUGUAGAAGCCACCGAGCAGGAGCAACAAGUUGCAAACGAGGCUCCCACGACAUCUGAAGGGGAUGAUGUAGCACCGGUAAAAGCACAAGAGUUGAGUACCUUUGCCAAAUAUGUUCCAGAAGUGAUUGAAAAGCCUGUUCUUGAGCCUCUCGACAAUAUUUCCGAUUAUUCCGAGGAAUAUAGCACCAUUGACGCCGACGGAGACACUGUUAUGGAGGAUGGCUAUCGCAAAGGUUCGUUCGACGCGGGGAACGAUGCUGAAAGCGUUGAAAAAAACGAUAUUAUUCAAGGCAGGGAUUUAUCAUUAGUUUCGCACUGUGACGGUGACAGUCACUAUCAUGGCCAUACUCAACCGUCGAACGGAUCAGAAAAUAAAGAAUCAAUCUCCCAAUCCAAAGAUGAAGGUGACGACGUACUGCCUCCCAAUAUCGCAGAAAAUACAGAAGACGCCAAAUGUACGUCUACCGAAGCGGAAGCAGAAGAGAAUAUUGAACUAGCACCGCUGCUAGUGGAUGAAAUUGAAGAUGAUGAGGCAGGAUCUAUCCAUUCAAAUGAAAGUCAGGCACAAAGUCCAUCAACAAAUGAAAGAUUGCCCUCUGUAGAAGUGCAAAACGAUUCGCCUGUUGAAAUUGAACCAGAAAAACCUAGCCAUGACAACUCUGGCUUGGCAUUUUCUCAAGCAGAUGACGUGGCGGCCAAUGUUGAGCCUAUGGCGCUGAUUCAAGCUCCUUCUUUAGAAGAUCUACCAGAGCAUGAAAUAUUUUCAUUCAUCAGUUCAGAUGCAGCAACUGAGGAGGAGGAGGAGGGGGAGGAAAAAGAGGAGGAGGGGGAGGAAAAAGAGGAGGAGGGGGGGGAAAAAGAGGAGGAGGGGGAGGAAAAAAUGGAGGAGAAGGAGGAAAAAGAGGAGGAGGGGAAGGAAAAAGAGGAGGAGGGGGAGGAAAAAAUGGAGGAGAAGGAGCCCGAUGGCGAAGAGCCGUUAGAUGUAGGCAAUGUAUUAGCGGAGAAGGAGCUAGCAGAUGAAAAGGAGCAACUGGCCAUCGAAAAAAUCGCAGAUGAGAGGAAUUUACCAGGUGAAGAGGAGCAACUGGCCACGGAGGAGAUUGCAAUUGCGACAAAGAGUUUCGAAGAAUCCAGUCAAUUGCCGGUACUGGACGUAUAUGAGAAAGCGUUCACUCCUGAAAUUGAUGCCAGUUCCGAAGGAUUUAUGGACCAAAACGAACCUGGUGCCAAAGUUGAAAUUCCUUCGGAAAGUGUAGAAUCAGUUACUAAUUCCGAAUUUGAUUCUAAAGCUAAAGAAAGUGGCACGAUCGAAAACGCAAAUGUGCCCACGAAAGUUGAUUCAUCAAAUGUUGUUGAAGACAAUGAAGACAAAGUUGACUUGCUCGAGGGUGUGGACAAAUUAAAUAGCACAGGUUAUGAGGUGAUUGCUGGUCCAGAUACCCUGCACCAAGACAAGAUCGAGACACGGCGCAACGAUUCCAUCUUCCACGCUAGUGAAAAGAACCUGGAAGAUGAUGAUGACCCAAAGGCCGUUUCAGAUGGUGAUUGCGUUGCGGAUGUGAACAAUUCCAAAAACGUAAUCGACGGAAACACGGCUGCACUAUUGCCCCAGGCAAUUGAAGCGUCCACUCAAAACGAUGAGCUACGCGUAGAGAAGAGUGGCAACACCAACAACAUGGGCCAAACUGCAACAAGAAUUUUGAAACCAGUGAGCUCAAUCUUUGCCCGUACCAGGGUCGCUGUCACCAGAAUUGUAUUGGAACCCUUUACCACAAACACAAUGGCACAUAAGCUUGCAUCGCUAGGAUUGAACCCACUAGAAGUGACCUACAUUACACCAUCUCACCGACGAAUCAGGAAAAGAAAGAGACAAACGCAAAGACAGAGUCAAACAGGUUUGAAUAGAGCAUUAAAGAAAGCAACUUUUGACCUUGAGGCUGCAGUCGCAGCUAGUAAUAAAAGAUGGCAAGACGAACCAAUAACAAAUCGCGACGAGGUGAAGCCUAGAACCGAGAACAAAGAGAAGGAGGAGGAGGAGGAGGAAGAGGAAGAAGAAGAGGAAAAGGAAAAGGAAAAGGAGGAGGAGGAGAAGAAAGAAGAGAAGCUUGCGCUGCCCUUGGCCGAUGAUCCACCAACAACAGUUCUACUGAGCGGUUUGUGCACAGAAGACAAAGAGGAAAGAUUGAGUGAUAUGCCAAUGACCAAAGUUGCCUCUGAAGAAUCCACAGACAGCAAAGACCUGGACCUCUUGGCAGCAGAAGACAUCCCGAUAACUCAUAGCCCGCGCAAGAAGCUGCGGCGAACAAUUCUAGGAUUAGACGUGAGUGGCCUUGAAGAUAUAGCCCCCACGCGCUCCUUGAGAAACGGCAACGUCUACGGAAGCUCCGAUCCUUCGCCGACGAAAAAAAGGGGUGGCCCGUCGUGCGAUAACGAGUACCCAGCGUCCAGAACCAGAUCAAAGUCGCCGUUAAAGAGCACCACCCAGGACCUCAGCGAGCCCUUUGAACGCAGCUUGGGUAAGAGAAGAAAAGUGUCUGGUCCUACAGCACCCCCCGUUCAAUCAGAUGAAGAAAGAGGGCGCUCACGAAAGAAAGACUAG